CUUGCAUAAAUGCUCAACACAGCUGAGGUGAUGAUCAGACGCACCAAAUUAUAGAGCUGCGUUUGGUGCUCGGACUUGUCGCCCAGUUACUUUCGGUUUACGUAAGCGUGCUGUUCUGCCUUGGAGAGAGAAAGUAGAAAAAAAGUCCGCAGCUGUCAUUAGAUUCCCUAAUCAGCAGAAUUGACAGCAGGUGUGAAUUCAUGUCUGUAUUUCCCCCGCAGAUAUAUACUGCCCAGUGUUGUGCUCGGCCAAAAUAUGACUGAGGUGAUGAUCAACAGCUCCCCCAUGGAGGAUAUGAGGCUCAGCCCUAGCAAGGACAGGCUCUCCUUCCAGAUAUUCCCCGACCCCUCAGACUUUGACCGUUGCUGUAAGCUCAAAGAUCGGCUGCCAUCCAUCGUGGUUGAGCCUACCGAGGGAGAAGUCGAGAGUGGGGAGCUUCGCUGGCCUCCAGAGGAGUUUCUGGUCAGUGAAGAGGAGGAGGACGACGACGAAGAGGAGCAGGAUAAUGGCAGCAUCCAAAAUGGACAGCCAACACAGAAUUCUCAGCACUAGAGGCUGUGUUGCAGCCCCCAUACUCUGUUGUUCCCGCCCAUUGCCACACUGGUUACACUGCACCUCAGCACUCAAACAACCUGGCAGACACACAUUCAGUGUCUCGUGAUGCCAUCUCGUUGCCCUCGACCCCAAAGCAUCACUCCCAUGAGAGACGCAAUACACACAGGCCACACACACUUUCUCACACAAUAAUUUAUUCUCCUUGACUGCAAACCCGCUAAAUCACACUCAUUACAAAAGAACAGACAAGCACACCUCCAACCUACACUUAGUUCCUACCAUGCCUACCACCGUGCGUGUCUCGGCCCAGAACGGAUGUCCUGUUGGGACAGCGACAGCUCACUGCUCCAUGGACAGCUCUGACACUGCAGGGGGCUUCAACUGCUCUGUACUUUACUCCAAAAUGGCUGGCAUCAUGACCCCAGAGACUUCAUACUCGCAUACAGAACUAUUGUGGUACCCGUGGGGCUUAUCGUCUGCAGUAAUACUGUCCAUACCUUGUUAGUUUCUGGAUUGAUAUGUUGAUUAUUGUAAUUGCCACUGCUGUCCAUAGAUUUUGUCUUGAAGUGAAUGUUUUUUUUUUUUUUUUGUUUUUUUUUUUUGUCUGAAGUGGGUGUUUUUUGUGUAAAAUGUUAUCGGGAUUUUCCCCUCCCCCCCCCUCCUUUCGUCUAAAAGAUUUUGUGACUUAUGUCAAGCAUUCAGUUAAAAAAAAAAUAAAAUAAAAUAAAAACUCUUAAAAAAGGCAACCUUGACUUUUAGAGAAGUUAGCAGGAAAGUAAAAGAAAAUAAACCAGCAUGCCCUGCUAAUACAAUAAAUUCAUUGUACAAAGGCUUUUUGUGUAGUGAGGGCACAGUCACGCUAAGGCUCCUGUGAGCCUUUGACAAACAGUACUUGAUGACAAAUCAGAAUAGUACAACAUUGAGAACAAAAUCUGACGCAAGCAGGUUUAUUGUUCAAAAGGGCAAAGCUGAGUACUGCAAAUUGUAAUAAAUAAAAAAAGCAGUUAAUGACGCAAUGUACAGACCCAAAGAAGGAUGUGUAAAUACUUGUUCCCAAUGAGCCAACCCCUGAGGCCAUGUAGUGCUCUGAUCUGGUUUGUACUAUAGGUUUGUUUUUCUUUUAAGACUGAAAAUUGUUUUGAGCUGUACACUCCUGAACUGAAAGUUGUUCCUAGUCUUCCUUUUCUUUUUGAAAACAGCCAUACUCUUGAUACAGUGAAGUUCAGGUUGCAGAAAAGUAACUCUGUAGGACAGAGUUAGCAAAUAAGGAAGGUUAUCUCUGACAGUAUUAAACUCUGUUCAUUAUAAAAAAAAAAAAGUCUGGUUUGCCAAAAAGUGGUUGAAGUCUUUGUUCUUUGGUAGUAACGUCUGGUAUUUGUUCUGAAAUUUCAGAAGUUGGUGGUUUUUUUUUUUUGUUCACUCUUUAAAAUCACCACUUAUUGUUUGUGAAACAAGUCUCGUCAUUUGUAGAAAAUAUUUCAGUGUACACUAUGAAAUCCUGUUGUACAAGCAUGAUUGAGAAUAUUUCUGUUUUUGUAAAUUAUGAUUUGAGUGGCAUUAGGGCUGUGUACAGAACAUCUCUCUCUUUCUCCUGUCUGUAACCUACAGGUCCCACAUUGUUUUUGUAAAGCUCAGGGAGAUUAGCCGCCAUCUUUCUUUUUUUUUUUUGUAUUUAGACCACUUUUCUCUGACAAUUACAGAGGCUGUAAAUAAACCUUUGACUUUGCUAUCC